GCAGCCUGCGGUGGGAGCAUCGCUGGGCCACCGGUGGCGGCAGCGUGAGGGUCGGAAGCUCAGCCUGGGCACCGCGCACGCGCCAGAAGCAGUGCGGGAUAGCGGAGACCGAGGCCGGCAGGUGUGCCGGGGCAUCCUCACGUGAUCCGGGGGGCUGGGGCGGGGCCUUAGAGACCACACCUCCUUCAGGUUUCCCCCCAUAGGGUAGACAGACUAGAGCCUCUGAAGGGUCCACCUGGGAAGAUCCCCUCCCAAAAUGCAGGGCACAUCCAGAAUGCGUGGAAAUAGGGGAAACUGUCUCUCCCUUGGGGUGGAAGUUACCAUGACAAUAAGGGAGUCUGACGCCCUGGGAAAGAGGACCAUGGAGAUGAGCUGGGGGGUUCCGAAUUCCUGUGGGCCCUUGAUCCUACCUGGAAGGGAUGGAGACGGGGAUAGAUGAGCCCCUAGGUCCUGGGGUUCAGUCCUGGCCCUGCUCCAGAUCCCUGGGAGGCUCAAGCGCCUGGUUUCUCGUUCCUCGGGAUAGCCGGCUGUCACCAGCUGCCAGCCACGAGGUGCGAGUCCUCUCCUCUCCUGUGCCGCAGGAUGGGUCCCUCGGGGCUGCUGGUGGCCCUAGCCUUGCACCUGGCAGUGUGCUCCCGUCCGCACCGGGACUACUGCGUGCUGGGCGCCGGUCCUGCCGGCCUACAGAUGGCCGCCCUCCUGCAUCGAGCCGGCAGGGACUACAAGGUAUUCGAACGCGAGUCCGCACCUGGCAGCUUCUUCACUCGCUACCCGCGCCACCGCAAGCUCAUCAGCAUCAACAAGCGGCACACGGGCAAGGCCAACGCUGAGUUCAAUCUCCGCCACGACUGGAACUCUCUGCUCAGCGACGACCCACACCUGCUCUUCAGACACUACUCGCAGGCUUACUUCCCCGACGCCAGCGACAUGGUCCUUUACCUGGCUGACUUCGCACAGCGCCUGGGGCUCCAUGUGUUAUACAACACAAACAUCACCCAUGUGACUCUGGACAAGGAUCCACAAGCCUGGAACGGCCAUUACUUCAUUCUGACGGACCAGAAGGACCAGGUUUACCAGUGCAGCGUCCUUCUUGUAGCCACCGGUUUGGCAGUCCCCAAGCUGGUUGACUUCCCUGGUUCUGAGUAUGUGGAGGGGUAUGAGUCUGUGUCUGUGGACCCUGAAGACUUUGUGGGUCAGAGCGUGUUGAUCCUGGGCCAUGGGAAUUCAGCCUUCGAGACAGCAGAAAACAUCUUGGGUGUCACUAACUUUGUCCACAUGCUGAGCCGUUCCCGGGUUCGGCUCUCCUGGGCCACCCACUAUGUCGGAGACGUCAGAGCCAUCAACAAUGGCCUGCUGGACACCUACCAGCUGAAAUCACUAGACGGGCUCCUGGAAUCAGACCUGGAGGAUCUGGCCCUCGUGAAGGACAGCAAGGGCAAGUUCCACAUCACCCUGAAGUUCCUCCUGGAGGAUAACAGCAACCAGAGUGCCGACUCCAUUCUCCUCCCCCAGGAUGACAAUGACAACUUUGCCAUGCGGGUGGCCUACGACCGUGUUAUCCGCUGUCUGGGCUGGAAGUUUGACUUCUCCAUUUUCAACCAGUCCCUCAGAAUCUCCUCAGGGACUGAGUUCGGCAAGAAGUACCCACUGAUCAAAGCCAGUUAUGAAUCCAAAGGAAGCCGGGGUCUCUUCAUCCUAGGGACUGCCAGCCACUCAGUGGACUACCGGAAAUCCGCUGGCGGCUUCAUCCAUGGAUUCCGAUACACAGUGCGUGCUGUCCACCGGCUGCUGGAACAUCGGCACCAUGGCAUCACCUGGCCGUCCACAGAGUACCCCAUCACACAGCUGACCAGCUCCAUCAUUCGGCGUGUAAAUGAGGCUUCUGGGUUGUACCAGAUGUUCAGCGUGCUGGCUGACAUCAUUCUGUUGAAGGAGAACGCUACAGCAUUUGAGUACCUGGAGGAGUUCCCUAUGCAGAUGCUGGCUCAGCUGGAGAUGCUCACAGGGAGGACGGCACGGCAUGGGCUCUUUGUCAUCAACAUGGAAUAUGGCAAAAACUUCUCUGGGCCUGAGAAGGACGUCUUCUAUUAUGACCGGUCCGUGGCACACAUAGAAGAUGCCUGGAUGUCUAACUUCCUUCACCCUGUCAUCUACUACUACAGACAUCUCCCUACCGAACAAGACAUGCGGUUCCGUCCUGCACAGUGGCCCCUGCCUCGGCCUACAGCCAUCCACCACAUCGUGGAGGACUUCCUGACUGACUGGACAGCCCCAGUGGGACACAUCCUCCCAUUGAGGCGCUUCCUGGAAAACUGUCUGGACACAGAUCUGCGUAGCUUUUAUGCAGAGUCCUGUUUCCUGUUCACUCUCACACGCCAGAGGCUGCCGCCCUUUUGCCAGCAGGGAUACCUGAGAAUGCAGGGACUCUCAAGCACCAAGAGCCUUCGGCAGCAUGGUGUAGAAAGCAGACUCCUGCAGGACUACACGGUCACGGAGAACAGCAGCAGGUGGCUUGGGGACCACUCCUCAGCUCCAGGGCCUCUGACGCAAUCCCUUGACAGCAACAGAGAGGAGCUCUGAGCAUCCUCUCCCAGACUAUGGUGGCUCGAACCUCUCCAGGAAACCUAUGCCCAGGAAACCUCCCUCCCACCUUUCAGGCUGCUCAGGACCAUCACAGAGAUACCAGACAACAGGGCAGCCUGUAGAGUGCAGAAGGCUGGGAUAAGGUGGUGUCCCUUCCUGUGCUGGCCCCUGGUGCUAGAUGCAAGGUCAAGAGGAGGGUACCUUCUGUCAGGUACGAGAUGCCUUCCACAUGAGAUGCCUUCCACAUCCAGCUUGUGUCCAGCUUGGACCAUCACUAAGUAAGCACCAUGCUGCUCUUGUGUGUCUGGUUCUAGGGCCAACUAGUCUCCUUUUGCUUCUGGUUCACUCUGCAGAUGGGCUUGGCUCUACCUAGGGAACAUCUCAAAGCUGGAGGCCCCUCAUUUCCAUAGUGGGCGUAUUGGAGUGAAGGCUUGGAGUCUUCAGCAAUGGAGUAAAACAGUUGGGGUCUCUGCUUCCCAGUACAGAUGUGGACUCCAAUUCAGAAGCAUCAGAUACCAGUUCUCAUCCAGGAGGCCUGCCCCUAUGCCACCCUUUCUUUCCACAUUGUAUUGCCUUCCCUGGCACUGGCUCUCAGGAGAACUAGCCAGGCUGGGCAUCACAGGCCCAGAGGGCUGGUAUAGGGCAGAGACAGAAAACUCCUGCAAGGUCAUCCGUCCAACUGGCUUCUCAGGAGCAAGGCACCUCAGUGCUGCCCUGUCCCCAAGAUCACACUCCCAGGAGUCAGCAGCCUGUGUGUCCCUCUCACACCUUGCUGCCUGACAACCUGAGCCAUGUCUUCCCUGACACCUGCCUGGGCAGGUUUAAGGUGAUGCUGUGCCUGCUGCCUUGGGCAUGGAAAUGUUGACGCUUGCCGAGCUCCGGGCUGCCCUGAUGCUCCUCUCCUCUUCCUUGCCUUCCCUCCCAAGCCUACGCUCAGCCGACAGAUUAGCAAAGAAGCCCUGAGGAAAGCAUGGCCCACACGGGCAGCAUGGUGAUCACGUGAUCUCCCAUAGCCCCAGAGUGCAGGUACUGUUUCUUACCAGGUCUCUAUCAGUCUUCAUGGAGGCCACUCAAAUGUCCAGGGACACGACAACCCCAAAGCCUCUUCCUGGGAUCAUCCUCUUCUCCAUGGGAGAGUCUUGGCUAGGUCCAAACCCUCUUAGCCACCUGACCUGCCUGCAGCCAACUUCCUUUCUGGCCUACCAGGUUCUAACAGGACAAUUCAACAACAUCAUGUCGCCAGGAGGAACUGUGUGUACCCCUGUACCUACUUGGAGUAGUUUGCAUAGGGCCAGACCUUCUAAGUCAUCAUCCAAAUCCAGGAUGUCACUGUGGCCAUGUUUCACACAGAUUGACUGGCAAGCCAAACUUGGACCCCUGCCAUUCCACCCUCUUCUCUUUGGAAGAAAAUGCUUUGGCAUUUUCAAACAAGUCUUUGAUUUAGCACUACAAAAUCAAAUCCUGCUCGCCCUCCAGUCAUCAAGUAUGGCUGAGCCACUUGUUUGGUGCCUUAGCAAGUAGCUGGCUGACACCCUUGUAUAAGACAUCUGCUGCUUCCUGUCAUCUGCCAAAUCAUUGAUUCCAUCAAAAUAUCAGGCAGCCUUAUUUGUUUUUAACACAUCUUCUGUUCUUGCUCAGUUGACUAGAGAUGUCUUCUACUCCCCCCCCCCCCCCCAUAGGGAUUCCAUGUCCUGGCCUGGUACUCAUUAUAUAGCCCAGCCUGCACUGGACUCAUGGUGAGUCCCCUGCCUCAACCUUGCAAGUAUUGGGAUUACAAGUUUGAACCACGCUGGGCAGUGGUGUCGCACGCCUUUAAUCCCAGCACUUGGGAGGCAGAGGCAGGCAGAUUUCUGAGUUCGAGGCCACCCUGGUCUACAGAGUGAGUUCCAGGACAGCCAGGGCUACACAGAGAAACCCUGUCUC